GAGGGACGCCUGCAACAAGUGCAAGGAGGACAAGGAAAGCGCCCAGGAUCCGAGUCUCAGGAUUGGAGACGCAAAGGGCGAGGAUUCAGAAUGAUCCUUAGAAUUUCUUUAUUCUUGGAAACAUAAUGACGGACAUAAAUCCAGACAGUCUUAAGGUUGUGGAGCUACGAGACGCAUUGUCAGAGAGAGGAUUAGACACAAAAGGAAACAAACCUGCUCUUGUCUCCAGACUUAAGGAAUACCUGUCCAGAGAUAAUCCUGGAGCUCAAGAACCAUCAGAGUAUGAUCCAACCAACCCAACCGAAGAUACGGAGCCAGCAACGGAGUUCGGGGACAAGAACUUUGUAAAUGUAACUCCGCGGGGGAUAAAGUUUAGUUUGUCAGCUCCUAAACCUACCAAACCGGUUCCUGCUUCACCUAGACCACCAUCUCCAGGUCCCCAGCUAGAUAGUGUAGGAGAAGGAGCAGGAGGAGGCGGAAUAAGACGAUCAGGAGCUGCUGCGUUCUUUCUAACAGAGGUUGAAAGAAUCAAGAAUAAAGAGGCCAAGGUACCCCUACCUCCAAGUUUUGGCUACCAGAUCGAGGACGAUGAUGAGGAUGAAGAAGAGGGACCUCCGGGGAUGGUUCCUCUUAAACUUCCAGCUCUCAAGUUCGAUAAACCCUUCACUAAGGACCUUGGACCAAAAGAUGUUGAAUAUUGGAAGAAGAUUGAAAUGCCGGAUUUGUACACUCAACGCAGAUCCACCGAGUUCUGGAAGGAAGGAGUUUUCCUCCAAGAUCCUGCACUUUUUCUACAAGAAGAAGCUGAUCGUUCUAGUAGUCAGCUCAUUGUAGAGUUAGAGCAUACUGAAGUACCAGGUUUGUCUUUGGACAGUAUUAAGAUGAAAGUAACCUACAACUAUUUAACGGCUAGAGGACUAGCUAAAUCUAGACUUGAAGCAAUGGAUCAAUGCGCUCUCAAGAUUCUUAAGGAGUCAGGCCCUUGGUUGGAUUCUGGAUUGAUUGAUAAAACAAAUGAAAAUAUUGCCAGCCUCCUCCCUGCCUCACUAUCCUCCUGGUGUCCUCCUAAAUAUAACCUCAAGCAUGUCAGAUUAGAGCAAAAAGAUGGAUUAAAGCAUGGUAAACGGCUGUAUGAGUUGACCGUCAAGCUGGGAGGAUUCAGUUGCUCAGCUAUAGGGGAUACUGUAGAGGAUAGUUUACAUUAUACCACACUUCAUCUUAAAUCAUUUAUCAGAAAUCGUGAGUUGACCCGCCUAGCUGCUCCUGAAACCAGUGGUCGGCUGACGUACGCGUCAGGUUUAGGUAUAGUUAAGGUAGUGCUGGAGAAGGGGAAGGAGCAAGUGCUGGCCCCCCUGGACCUGUUUAUCCUGCAGAAGGUGUUGAAGGGAGGCGGGUUUCCUCCGAUGUACUCCUCCAAAGAUGUGUGGGGGUGUGAGAAGGUGUUCUAUUGUGAUGUUUGCGGGCACAGGAUACUUGGAGCAGACUCCCUUAUUCAACAUGUUCAGGGAGAGCGGCAUAACAGUCGACUAGGGAAGUUUUUGUGGAACGGAACUGUGAUAGAGACCUUCAGAUCUAACGCUGACCCCGAGUAUGGCCGGGAUUUUGACUUAAAACCUGAAACUGAAGAGGAGAAGGAGAGGUUCGUGCUGCGUCUCUGCUCGUCAUGUGAGGAGGAAGGGAAGGUCCAACAAGCUCUAGCUAAAUGCAAGGACUGUAAUGACUAUAUGUGUGGGACCUGCAAGGAAGCGCACAGUAAAACGAGAUUAACAAAGAACCAUGAGAUAAUUGAUGUUAAGCCACCAGUCUUUAAUCAUCCACUUCAGGAUGAGGAUAAUGGGAGGAAGAUUAAAGACUCUGAAAAAUAUCUGAUCAGUGUUUACAGAUGUCCGACCAAAAUUCCGGAACACAACCAACAGGAGGACGAGUAUCAAGGUGACGAGUUUGAGGGUGAGGAGUAUACAGACGAAUCUGCCCUUGGCGCGGACUGUUUUGGAGAAGGGUUUCCCGGAUUUGAAGGUAUGGACGGAGGACCUCCAUAUGGGAUGCGGGGACCUGGAGGCCCGGGGGGAUUCAGGCCUCGCGGAGGCUUUAUGGGAGAUAGAGGAGGUUACGGAGGUGACAGAGGAGGAUUCGGAGGUCCACCAAGAGGAGGCUUCGGAGGACGAUUUCAGGGCCCUCCAGGUGGAGGACAAAGAGGAGGGUUUGGAGGUGAUCGUGGAGGAUUUGGGCCUCCUAGAGGGGGCUUUGGUGGACCACGUGGUGGUUUCGGAGGACCAAGAUUUGGAGGCCCUGGUCCGAUGGGAUUCAAUGGACCUCCAGGAGAAGAAGAAGGAUAUGAAGAUGGUCCUCCUGGAGAGUGUGACGGAGGUCCACCUGGGGAAGGUUAUGGAGGCAGAGGAGGUUUUGGAGGCCGUGGAGGGUAUGGAGGAAGAGGCGGUAUGGGAGGACCAAUGGGACCUGGCGGACCAAUGGGACCGGGAGGGCCUGGUGGACCAAUGAGACCGGGUGGACCUAUGGGACACGGAGGGCCUGGCGGACCAAUGGGACACGGAGGUCCAGGUGGACCUAUGGGACCUGGAGGUCCUGGCGGACCAAUGGGACCAGGAGGGCCUGGUGGACAAAUGAGACCAGGAGGUCCUGGUGGACCAAUGGGACACGGAGGUCCUGGCGGGCCAAUGGGACAGGGUGGACCUAUGGGACAAGGGGGGCCUGGUGGUCCUAUGGGACAAAAUGGACAAGGAGGACCCGGAGGUAAUAUGGGACAAGGAGGUCCUGGUGGUCAAAUGGGACCAAGAGGGCCAAUGGGACAAGGAGGUCCGGGUGGUCAAAUGGGACCACGAGGGCCAAUGGGGCAAGGAGGUCCUGGUGGACAGAUGGGACCGGGGGGGCAAAUGGGACAAGGAGGGCCUGAGGGUCCAAUGGGACCCAGAGGGCCGAUGGGGCCAGGACAGAUGGGACCAAGAGGUCCAAUGGGAAUGGGUCCAGGUGGCCCAAUGGGUAUGGGACCUCGCGGCCCAAUGGGCCCACCCAGGUUUGGUGGUCCAAUGCCAAGGUUCCCUGGACCAAUAGGACCCAGUGGAGCUCCCUCCAACAUGGUUUGUAUUUCUCAGGGUACAUCAGGUAAACAGUGUGCUCACUUCUCCUCGGGGAACUGUACCUACGGUCCUAAAUGUAUCCACAUGCACAUGGUUCCUGCCGGGCCUAGACCUCAACCUACUGGUCCUAAGAACGUGAAGGAAGGGGAUUCUGACGAGGAGGAUGAAGGAGAAGGAGGAGGGGAGGAGGAAGAUGAAGAUGAUCCUCUAGCCUCCAUCAACGCUAAGCGUGAUGCGGCCAAGAGGAAAGCUUAUGCCGAGGCUCUAGAGGCUGCGAAGAUAACGGCGAAGAACGCUGAUGAUCUUGAUCUCGGUGGUCUCCGGGGCCCAGAUAAAGGUGGAAUAAAGGGUUUAACCAACCUGCCUGUCAUAGAAGGAGGUCUGCUUCAUGCCUACAGUGUAGGGCAGAAGGGGAAGAAGAAGGAUAAGCCCCCAGAGGAGCAGAGGCCUGGAGAUUGGUUGUGUGAAUGCCAAAACUAUAAUUUCUCCUGGAGAAAGAACUGUAACGCCUGCACCAAAAAGAAGCCGUUGAACGAACUGGAGGAGGCGGCUAAACAGGCUGAGCUCAAGAGAAUUAAAGAGGAAAGAGCUAAACGGUUGAAACAACAAGAAAGAGAUGCAGACCUUAAAAAGAUUGCGGAGCGUGAAGAAAGAAAAAAGGGUGCAGGAGGUGAUAAAGAUCGCGGUAGUAGGGACAGAGAUCGCGGGAGUAGAGAUCGUGGGAGUAGAGAUCGUGAUCGUGGUAGUGAUCGGGGUUACAGGGGAAGAGGGGGUGGUGAAGAUGACAAUCCGAAUAUGGUUCCCAUCGGAGGUAGCAGGGGAAGGAAUGAUCGCUCUUCCAAGGAUGAUCAUUAUUCAAGAAGUGAUCGUCGGGAUGAUAGAUCCUCAAGAGAUGAUCGAAGACGUGACGAUCAUAAAUCAUCAAGGGAUGAUCGCAUAAAGGACGAUCAUAGUGAUGACGACGACGGGUCUCAGUAUAAAAGAUACUAUGAUGACGAUGAUGGAAAUGAUCGAAAGUCGUCCAAGAAAUCGCACCGUGAUCGUGAUGACGACGAUGAUGAUCGAGAUCGAAAGCAUAAAAAGUCACAUAAGUCUCGUCGAUCCAGAAGUGAUGACGAUGAUGACCGAAGAUCGACCAAAAAGAAGAAAAAAGAUCGGUCAAGGUCAAGAUCCCGCUCCAGGUCCAGGCGCCGUGACCGAUCCCGGUCAAAGAAGCGGGAUCGCUCUGAAGAUCGAUCAAGGCGCAGCGAUCGAUCCAGAGAUGAGACAGAAGUGAAGAAAGAAUACGGUGGAGGGAGAAAGGAUUUGGAGGAGGGCGAGGUCCCUGAAGGAAACUGGAAGGAUUGGUAUUCCAAGGGGGCCCCUACAGGAGGUCCGCCUCCUCCACCAAUGUGUCCACCACCCCAGCGCCCCCCUCCACCCCCAGGUGGUGGUUGGGGACAUGAUAACCGAUACUAAGUUGUCCAGCAGCGAGUGAUCAGUGAUUUGAAAAGUUAAAAAUGAGUUCUUGAGGAAAUAAUUGUUCUCCGUUACCUUCCAUCUACUUGGGAAGAACAAUUUUGAUUAAAUCUUGAUAAUUACAGUUUUAAUAAUUGUUAUUUUAUGUUGUUGUUACGAAACUAUCAUUAUAUCCUUUUCUUGAGUAGGUCGGACAUUCAUUGUUGAAAGAUUUUCUGUUAUUUUUGACGUCUGCUUUUUUCACAAUUUUAAGACUAACUUGUGUUUCAAAUUAAUUUUGCAUUUGUUGUAAUCUUUUUAUUUCACGCAAUUUUUGUUAUAAAAUGUUUUUUACCCUUGGUAUAAAUAGCCACGAGUCAGGGUUUGAAAAUUUGUGAAAUCAAAAAUCUUAGGUUUAAAUGCAUGGAUAGUUUCGAAUUAAAGAUUGAUUUUUAAUUUCUUCUCAAGAAUUUUCUGGAGAUGAACUUUUUUAUAAGACUUGCUUUAAAAUACGGAUGGUAGGAUUAAAUAUCAACUCUUAAUUUCUACGAAGGCAGGUUUAAAUCUUUAAAUCUUUGAAGGCUGGUUUAAAUCUUUAAUUCUACGAAGGCAGGUUUAAAUCUUAAAUUCAACGAAAGCAGAUUUGAAUCUGAAAUUAUACGAAGGCAUGUUUAAAUCUUAAAUUCUACGAAGGCAGGUGUAAAUCUUAAAUUAUACGAAGGCAGGUUUAAAUCUUAAUAUUCUAC